UAAUAUUAUGUUCUUUCAAUAUAAUUUAAAAAAAAGCAUAACUGUAUUGUCACAAUUUUGUUUCUACUUAUUUCGAUGACACUGGUUAUUUAGUUGUAUAGUGAUGUAAUUAUCCUCCUGCGAUGUUUUGGUGACAUUUUCUAGUUUUUAGAUUUUAUUCAGCGAAUGUUGAUAAAAAUCAUUAUGAUUAGUCAAAGUAAUUUGAAUGAAAUACAAGUUCAGUGUAAGUUUUACUUGUAGUAAAUAGUAAUUGUUUCCGCCUCCACGCAGCGUUGAAUAAUUGUAAUAGGUAUAAUGAAUGUAUAUUAUCGGUCAAGGAGGAAUUAUUGCUGGUAGCAUACACACAAUAGUCAAUUUUUUUUUAAUGUUUUAUUUUCGAUAAUAUAUUAUUAUUGAAUAAUGUGUCUUGUGAGUAAUAAAAUAGGUAUGUAGAUGUUAUCGCACGUUACCUCAUCGACGCGUUAUCGGACGUUACCACGUUGGCUACUCGAAUAAUAUCAUUUUAACACGGCCGGCCGAUUUCGUCGUAUAUCGGACGUUGCCGAGUCGGUAGGUAAUUGCGUGUGCAAAACUAUACGUACAAUUCAUUUUUCGUUACUGAAAUAUUAAAAAGUAUUAUUGUUUUUUUUUUUUACAAUUGUGAGCGCUAGAAGGCCCUAUUCAUAUACAUUAAUUGUUAAAUUAAAUUGGGGGCCACUCUUUUCUUAAAUUAUAUUGUUUAUUGUGUCGGCGCGAAUCAUCACUUAUAUUAUUCUACCUACCUAGCUAAUAUAUUAUGGUCUAAACAAAGUAAACCAGAAUUUAAUAUCCAUUACCUUUAAUUAGCUGGUCAUAACUACCUAUAUGUAAAUUAAUCAACUUAAAUAUUUUAAUAGCAAAUAAUAUGAUACAGUCAUGCCUAUCUUGAUCGGAUGAUUCCAAUUUCCAAUAACUCAUUAUUUUUAUUGUAAUAUAGACCACAGUCAUAGUCAUCAGUCAAGCAGUUGACUUUUACCGAAUAUAUCAAAUAUUCAAAAUAUCUAAUAUCGGUUAGAAAUUAACAUGAGUGUGGAUGAAAAUGCACUUCUAAUUUUUGACAAACCAACAGCAAUAUUUAUGCCCGGCCAAAUCAUUACCGGCAGAGUUGUGUAUCUAAGUAGAAACCCUUUGAAAAUAAGUAGGGUAACAAUUAAAUUCAAAGGAAAAUGUAAGAUUUCGUUUACAAAAUUGGACAAUCGAUACAUUGGAAAGCAAUUAUAUUUAAAAAAUGAAAUUGCUCUGUCUUGUGAUAAAGGUGAAUCACAAGUCGGUAAAUAUGUCUAUCCAUUCAAUUUCCGCUUACCAUCAUUUAUACCAUCAACAUUUGUUUGCAAGUAUGGAUAUAUACGUUAUAUAGCAAAAGUCAAAAUUUGUAGACCAUGGAAAUCAGAUGAAAUAACGCAAUCGAUGUUUAUAGUUGUGUCUCCUAUAAAUCUUAAUUAUGUACCACUGUUAUCUGAGCCCAAAUGUGCAUUGAAAGAAAAGUCUUACAGUUUAUGUUGCUUUCUAUCUGGCUCAAUGAAAUUGCAAGCCAAUAUCCCUUAUAGUGGCUUCGUACCAGGACAAACUAUACCGGUCACAGUUAAAUUAAAUAACAACAGCAAUGUGAAUGUAGAUUAUGUUAUAAUAAGACUGGAAAGAAAAUGGAAAAUAAGCGCUCAGUGUAAGACAACUAGAAAAUCGGAUAUUGUUCAUAAAGUAAUAAAUGGUACUGAUAGACACACUUCAAAAACACGCACGGUACAAAUUCACAUUCCAAAUAGUUUGAUGGUACUUGAUUUUAAAUAUUGCAAAGUUAUAACUGAAACGUUUACUCUACAUGUCGAGGCUAGAGUCCAAGCUCUUGCAGGACUAAAAGUUGCUUUUAACGUAAUGUUAGGUAAUGUUCCAUUGAUAACAGCUAGCGAUCCUCAUCAAGAUAAUCAAGCUUUUCAACUAACAAUUCAAAAGUAUUGUUCCUAUAAAUCAGUUCCAACAUAUUCUUUUCCAUUUGUAGAUUGAGCUAAUUUAAUUUCGGUUCCUGGACACACUCAACUAGUAGUUAUGUGUAACCAUCAAUGGCCUGUAUCAUAUAAUGCAACUUAAAAUCGAUAGUCUAAAGAAUGAGUCUAUUUUUCCCCACAAAUCAGUUUAUUACACAUUCAAUGAUCUGCAUACCGAGAGCCACUUCCAGCAUGCCAAUAACUUCGACCAAUUAAUUAAAGUAAAAUGUGGUCCAAAACAUUGGAACCAAAAUUCCGGAAUCAACACUUAACUCUAGAAUUUCCUUAUCGAACCUUGUUCACUUCUACUAACUCAACUUAGGUCGUUAACAGUCUAUUAAUAUGCUGCAUGCAACAAUCAUUUGAAAUACCUAUCCCUCCACCUGGUCUUAGAGAAGCAGAUUCAAUAUUGCCCAGCGAACGUAAAAAACUCACAGUGAUUGUAGCUCACAAUUUAAGUGGAAAUUUGAACUUUUUUCGAUGAUAUUAGGUUCCUAUACGGCUAUAAAUCUUAUGAUAAA